ACUCUUAACUAUAUCUUUAUGAGUAUAAUACUUAUUUAAUCACAUAAUUCUAGACUUGAGUUGUAUGUCAAAUAUUGAGUGGUACUUAGUAGGAUUCACACACUUAUAAAUAUUAGUUCAAUCACAUAAACUUCAUCAACAUAUUGUUUUUUACAUCAACUGUGUAGGUAUUGGUGCAUAUGAGACAUGUGUCAAUUGAUUAUUAGAGAUUUACAUAACGAUGACAUUCUAUAUCUCUAAAAUAACAUAAGAAUCUUUUGUAGAAGCUCGUUAUAGAUAACUCAGCCUUGAGUAAUCAACUUUAAGUGGCUUUAGUGUCAAGUAUUCCCAAAUCGAUUAGCGAUUUUACUGUGUAUGCUAUUCUUCAGCUAUUUGAUUACAUAUAUUAACAAUUGAGCAUUUAAAUUCAUUACUCAUUUGAGUACUUAAAUAAUAAUAUAAUAUAGUAAUAACGGUGAUGAUUAUGAAAAUGUGAAUCAUUUACUAAUAAUAAUACUUUCCAGAAGUAGUUAAUUUAAGAGGGUCCAUCAAGUAGAUAUUGACCUGAAAAUAAUAAUAAAAAUGAAGGAAGAUUUGAACAAUAAAACAAGAAGAGCGUAUGAUGUGGAAAUAAAUGAACGUUCUGCACUCAAUCAAAAAUUUGAAUCAAUUGAUGAUGUGUUGCCAUUUGUUGGAAAUUUUGGUAGAUAUCAAUGGUAUCUAUUACUGGCCUUAUUUCCCUACAGUAUUGUUUAUGCCAAUCUUUACUUUUCUACAUUUUUUCUCACACUUGUGCCUCAAGAAUAUUGGUGUUCCAUUCCGGAACUGCAGGAUCAUAAUUUAACCAUGGAACAACGGGUGGCAGCUACAACAGUUUCAUCAAACAAAUAUCCUUACUAUGAAAGAUGUUAUCGUAAAGAUCUAAAUUUCCAUGAACUUCUUCAGCACAAUAAAAAUUUCCAUUCAGACGAAUGGAAAGCAAAUGCAACAAUUAAAUGUGAUAAAUGGGAGUAUAAUCUUACACAAGUUCCCUAUCGUUCAAUAAGUAGCGAGCUAGACUGGGUAUGUGAUAAAGAGUACCUAAUAUCAAGUAGUCAAGCAAUUUUUUUUUGUGGAUCUAUAUUUGGUGCUUUCAUCUUCGGUUGGAUAGCUGAUCACAAAGGCCGUGUACCAGCACUAGUUUUAUGCAGUGCUGUUGCUUGUCUUGGUACAAUAGCAACUGCAUGGUCUACAAGCUUUUGGUCUUUUGCAGCAUGUCGUUUUAUCACUGGAUUUGCUUUUGAUAACUGUAUCAAUAUACCUCUAAUCGUAGUUGUUGAAUAUAUGGCUGUUAAUCGUCGUACUCUAGUGUUUAAUAUUGCAUUUGGAAUUCAUUUUGCUUUAGGAAGCACCAUUUUACCAUGGGUGGCAUAUUAUAUUGCUGACUGGAGACAUUUAGCAUAUAUUGUUGCAACACCUAUGCUCAUUAAUUUAUUUACUCCAUGGAUUUUACCGGAAAGUGCUAGAUGGUAUGCGUCAACUGACCAAUGGGAUAAAGUUGUUGAAAAUUUGAAACACAUUGCUAAAGUAAAUAAAAAAAAUCCGGAUCCUCGGAUAUAUGAAACGUUUUUACGAAAUGCUCAGAGAAAUGUUCAUAGUGAAUCUGCAACACUUUUAGAUUUAUUUAAAACUCCACGACUUGCUAGGACAACUAUUCUUUUAAUUAUUUUUUGGACUCUGACAAUUAUUUGUUUUGAUGGUCAUGUUUACUCACUGAAGCUCCUGCAAAGUUCAGUUUUCGUAUCAUUUUCUUUGGCAUCGUCCACUGAACUUCCUGCUGGUAUACUAGUAACACUUAUCCUUGAUCGAUGGGGGAGGCGAUUUUGUGGAUUCCUUACGCUUGGAGCUAUUGGUAUUUGUAGCUUUACUGAGCUUUAUUCACCUUCAACUGAAGCAAAAUUAGCAUCUUCAGUAUUAGCCCGUUUUUCUGGUAAUAUGGCAGCUAAUAUAGGUCUUCAAUAUGCUGCCGAACUACUUCCAACACCAGUGCGAGCACAAGGAGUUGCUUUAGUACAUUUAUUUGGAAUUUUUGCUCAUGCUAUAGCUCCUUAUAUUAUUGAUCUGGCAAACGUCUGGGAAGAUCUUCCAAUGAUACUACUUGGUACAUCUGCAUUUAUUACAGCAACUCUCGUUCUUUUCCUUCCGGAAACACAAGGCAGAAGUUUACCACAAACAUUACAACAAGGUGAAGAUUUUGGAAAAGAUUCCAAUUUUUGGUCAUUUCCAUGUUGUAAAAAAUCUAAUCUCAAUUUUCAUGACGAUAAUGAAAAUUAUACAAUAGAAUAAUUUUUACCACUUGAUUUCAAAUUAAUGCAUAUACGCGGUUGUUUGAAGCCAAUCAAUUUUCAAUAUCUUAAAAAUUUUAAUAAUUUUAAAGUGCCUUAAUUUGAAUAAUUAGUAUACAAUAUUAUAUUAGUAUUCAAAAUUUAUAUUAUAAAUUUACAAUAAACAAUAUUUUUACUCUAUACAUAAAGCUUUAUACAUACUGCAAUAAUUUAUUAUCUAGAGAAAUUUUACUAGUUUAAAGUAUAAUUAUUUAUAUUAAUGUUUUUUAUUUAUACGACGCUUAUUAAAUAUUGUGUAAGUACACAG